UGUGUCGGUGCCAGUGUUAAUUUCGUUGACUAAAUAUUUUCGUCAUUAUUUUCGUCACGAAUAUAUUUUUGCGGACGAAAACGAAACGAAAACUAAAAAAAAAGUCACUGAUGGAGACUAAAACUAUGACUAAAUUGAUUGACAUUAUCGUCAACGAAAAAAGGACGAGACGAAAAUAGACGGUGACGAAAAUACAAUCAGCUGACGGGAGAGAUGUGAGGAAUGAACAAAAGAACCAAUCGGCAAAACGGAACAGGCGAGACUGCAUGAGAAGAGAACCAAUCAGAGCCAAUCUUUGACCGAGCUCCCGGGAAGACGGCAUUCGAAGAGACGAUGUCUAAAAAAGCGACAACAUGUCCACAGCCGGGAGAAAAAGAAGGGGAGACUUGUGGGCACACUUCAUGUUUGACGACGAACAAAACAAAACAAAGUGUAAAGCAUGCGGAACGGUCAUUAGUGGCAAGAACACAACCAAUUUGAAAAGACAUUUACAGACGAGCCACCCGGACAUUUUCUCAAAGCUACAGAAGUCUCCUGAUGAAGGUGGUGAACCAAGCGCAAAAAAGGCAAAAAUAUCCAAUCAAAACAUUGCAGAAGCACUGUUAGGUACUACAAAGUACAACAGCAAUGCCAGAGAACAGCAAGUAAAAGAGGAGGCUAUAGCAAAAUGGAUCGGACGUUCAGGGUUACCACUCACUACAGUAGAAGAUGAGGAUUUUAUUCUCAUGAUAGAAACAUUUGAUAAGAAGCUGACAGUGCCAAAGAAAACAAAGAUAAUUAAUUUGAUUGAAAAACAAUAUGACGAAGAAAAGACAAAGUUUAAGAAACGACUGUGUGGUGCUCGUAAAGUGUCAAUUGGAAUUGACCUAUGGACUAAAAAGGGACUGUCUGCAUCAUUCCUUGGCAUAAGUUGUUGCUUUUUUUGUGUUGAUCAAAACAAUCCAGAACACAUCCUGCUUGCUCUUGAACAAGUUGCCCAUCCACACACUGCCCAGUCCAUUAAGGCCUGCGUGGAUAAGUGCAUGCAGGAAUGGGGCAUUUCAAAUGACAAAAUUGUGACUGUAAUAACGGACAAUGGUAGCAAUAUGGUAGCAGCAUUUAAACACAGUACUAUAAUAAAGACAGUUGUGUUGAAAUAA